GGCGCCCCUCCCCACGGGCGAGAUGGAGCCGAGGCAGGGCCUCACGCUCUGCACCCUGGGGCCGUGAGGAACAGGGGGGCCGGCUGAGGGCAACCCUUUAUAGGCGGCAGAGGCUGUCCUCACCCACCCACCGCUCGCUGUGCGCAGCAGCCUCUGCAGGGACCGCGAGCCCAGGCUGAGCGCCAGGGAGACAGACGCGCAGCGACUCACCCCCGGCUGCCGGCCACCCGCACGGCUCCGCGGCGCCCCUCAUGGGACCCCGGCGCCUGGCCUUCUUGCUGCCUCUGCUGCUCCUGCUUCAGACGGAUUAUAAAGGUGCUUUGGGAAAAAAACAUUCUAGGAAUCGAAGAGGAAUCCUUGAAUUAGCUGGAGCCAUUAAAUGCAGCACAGGACGUACUCCUUUUGCCUAUCUACGUUAUGGAUGCUAUUGUGGUCUGGGAGGGCAAGGCUGGCCCAAGGAUAAAGUAGACUGGUGCUGUUUUAAGCAUGACUGCUGCUACAGUAAAGCAGAGCAAGCAGGCUGUAAGCCCAAGAUAGAGAGCUAUAACUGGGAAUGUGAAGACAAUGCUGCUGUGUGUGAUUCACUAGAAGACAAAUGCCAAAAAAUAGUGUGUGAAUGUGACCGCAAAGCUGCCAAGUGUUUGGCUAAAGCCCCUUAUUACUCAAGGUACAUUUUCUGGCCAGAUUUUGUAUGUGGUGACAAUCACCCAAAGUGUAAGUUUUAAUGAAACAGGAGGACACUACUCUAAUUUUUAUAAAAAUCUGUAUGUGCUUUUGAAUUUAAAAAAUAAAAUUUCUCCCAUCAAAAA